CACGGACCACAUGGAAAUCCUGGUCUAAGAGGUGCAAAUGGAGUUCAAGUUAGUGUUCUGCGUGAAAAUAGAAAUGAAUGCUUCCCCUGUCCCCAAGGACCAAGAGGACCACCUGGGCCCGAUGGACCUAUAGGAAUGGCAGGAAGAAAUGGUGCACCAGGGCAGCGUGGUCCUCGUGGAGAUGAGGGAACACCGGGUACUCCAGGAAUGCCCGGUGUACCUGGCAGACACGGAGACGUCGGCUAUCGUGGGGUAGGCAAGCCCGGCCCACCCGGCAUCCCUGGAGUUCGGGGAGAAUUCGGAAUGCAGGGACUUGCAGGAAUUAAUGGAGCUAUGGGUAGACCUGGAGACAUGGGCGAUCCUGGUCGCGAAGGAAUGCCAGGAGUACCGGGUGUGGACGGGUCACCAGGUUUACCUGGUGGGCCAGGUCCCGUCGGUUCGGAUGCACUCUAUUGUCCUUGCCCAGUUAGAGAUCAAGUCGUCGUCAAUGCUGCACAAAGAGAUGAGGAAGCCUACGAAAGAGUUCUACGCCGACGAAAGGCAUCUGGU